AGAAGGAGGAGGACGAGACGGUUCUGGAGCGAGUUGCAGCGGGGCAGCAGAGCAGAGCAGCAGAGCGAGGCAGCGAGCUUCACCCCAACCCGCCCGUCUCCGUUUGGGAAGGCAAUUCGGGCUUUUAUCGCCCUCGAAAUGAAGAGCAAAAGCUCCCCUUAUCGCAGAGGACACCUUUAAGUUCGCGGCGGACCAAACACGGCUCACAUUAAUGGCUUAGUACGCGAGUUUGGAGCAGUUUGAGAAAUGAGGGAGACGACGACGGCGGUUUUCGCUCCCUCGUUGUCCAACGGCGAGAGGACAAGAUGGCAGCUCAGCAAGUGUUUUGAGCAUGGUGUGGGUGCAUAUUAAAUCCCUGACAUGUUCAGAGAAGCCUCGCAUUUCGACGACGGUUGCUGGCUGUGAAGGUAUGGCCUCACAGGUUUUGGUCUGCCCACCGCAUGUGUAUCAACCCCAGACAAGUGCCUUUAGCAGUGUGAGGAAAGCGGAGGCAAGCGGCUGUGUGUACCAUGAGAAGACCCCUCGCACCUACGUGGUCGGUGUGAAUCUUGGCAUUGCGCACCCAACCAAUAUUGUCCCUUCGUUAAAGACAGAAGUGUGGGAGGGCGCUAGACCCCGUGGUGCGCCGGACCCGUUACAGACUGUGUGUUCUUCGUCGGCUCCUGUGAGGCGUCCCUCGCCCUACAGGUGCGUGGAGCCGGGAGGAGUUGUGGGGCGUAGUUUCGGCACGGUCACAGCAGGUGAGGAGGACAGAGGAGACGGUGGCCAGAGCAGCCAGAACAGAGCUUCUGGAGGAGCAGGUGGAGGUGAGGUAGAGGGGGAGGGAGAGGGGGACGAAGAGGAGGAGGAGGAGGAGGGGAGGAGAGGAAGGAGCGAAGGUUUGAAUUCUGUAGACGGAACCCUACGAUGUGGGUUUAAACGCAAAGGUGAAGAGCUGGACAGUAACAGUAAGAGCACCAUGCAGAUAGUAGAGGAACAUUCCACGCUACCUGCCAUGCUGCAAAGCAACGUGGGGAGUACAGCCACAGGUGUGGCGCCCUCCAAACAGAACGGCACAGGUGUGGGCGGGGCAGCUGCAGGAGGGGAUGGGGACUACCAGCUGGUUCAGCAUGAGGUCCUCUGUUCCAUGAAGCACACCUACGAGGUGUUGGAGUUCCUGGGCCGAGGAACUUUCGGUCAGGUCGUCAAAUGCUGGAAGAGAGGCACCAACGAGAUCGUGGCGGUGAAGAUCCUGAAGAACCACCCGUCGUACGCACGGCAGGGCCAGAUCGAGGUGGGCAUCCUGGUCCUCCUGAGUGGCGAGAACGCAGAGGAGCACAACCUGGUGCGUGCCUUUGAGUGCUUCCAGCACCGAAACCACACCUGCCUGGUUUUUGAGAUGCUGGAGCAGAACCUGUACGACUUCCUGAAGCAGAACAAGUUCAGCCCGCUGCCGCUGAAGAUCAUCCGGCCAGUGCUACAGCAGGUGGCCACGGCGCUGAAGAAGCUGAAGAGCCUGGGCUUGAUUCAUGCUGACCUCAAGCCUGAAAACAUCAUGCUGGUGGACCCCGUCAGGCAGCCCUACCGCGUGAAGGUCAUAGACUUUGGCUCAGCCAGCCAUGUCUCCAAAGCAGUGUGUUCCACUUACCUGCAGUCGCGCUAUUACAGGGCUCCGGAGAUCAUCCUGGGCUUGCCUUUCUGUGAGGCCAUAGACAUGUGGUCACUAGGCUGCGUCAUUGCUGAGCUGUUUCUGGGUUGGCCACUUUACCCCGGAGCACAGGAGUAUGACCAGAUCCGUUACAUUUCUCAGACUCAAGGGCUGCCUGGAGAGCAGCUGUUAAAUGUGGGGACGAAAACGUCUCGCUUCUUCUGCAAGGAGUCUGACUCACCGUAUGCAGCUUGGAGACUGAAGACGACUGAGGAGCAUGAGGCGGAGACUGGAAUGAAAUCGAAGGAGGCCAGGAAGUACAUCUUCAGCUGUCUGAACGACAUUGGCCACGUGAACCUGGUGCUGAAUAUGGAAGGCUGUGACCAGCUUGCGGAGAAGGCGGACAGACGGGAGUUUGUAGAUCUCCUGAAGACGAUGUUGCUCAUCGAUGCCGAACAGCGCAUCAGCCCCUCAGAUGCACUCAACCACCCUUUUGUCACUAUGCAGCAUUUACUGGACUUCCCCCAUAGCAACCACGUGCAGUCGUGUUUCCACAUCAUGGACGUGUGUCACUCAAGGGGCAGCACGUAUGACACGGUCAACCGUAACAAGCCUCCACCCCCACUUCUGAAGCCCGUCACCCUUCCCAGCGCCCCCAACAUCACCGUCGCCUUCAACAAAAUACCACCCAUGCACUCGCAGGCUCUGCCUCCACCUGCUCCACCCGUGGUGCACCCUGGCAUUCCCCUUCAGACAGGAAGUGCUCAGUUCGGCUGCACUGACUCUUUUCAACAAGCACUCAUCCUUUGCCCCCCAACCAUUCAAGGAAUUGGGUCGAACCCAAGCCAACCCUCUGGCUAUUCUGUCCGGAUGGAGAGCACUCUGCCACUGGUGACCCAGGCCCCAGCCAUCCAGCCCUUACCCCUAAGACCUGGAGUCAUAGCACAACAGCCGUGGUCCAAUAGGACUCCACAGAUCCUGGUCCCAGCGUGGCAGCAAGUGGCUCCUCCCCCCACCACCCUGCCUUCGGACACUGUCGCUGGCCCUCAGAGGAGAGGGGACUGGGGGAAAGUGCGCCCACACAGCAGUCAUUACGGUUCCAUGAUUCCCCAACCCCUCAUGGCCAACCAGAUGGCCGUGUCAGCGCACCAGCCCAUAAACAUAGGCAUCGCUCAUGUAGUGUGGCCCCAGACUGCAGCCAGCAAGUGCAGCAAGCCCAGUCAAAACAGGAGUGUGAAUGUUUCACAUUACACAGACACACAGCCCUCAGUGUGUCUCUCACCAAAGACUCGAGACAGGCUGCGGAACCCGGAGGUGGGGCUUAACCCUCGGGGCAGGGAGGUAGUAUCUCGGGUGGAGCAGGAGCCUGAGCAUUCAGAGGAGUCUGAGGAAGUGAGCUGCUGUAAGGCAGGACAGCACUCUGACAAGCAGCUGACAGUAGCUAGUCAGCAGCGGGAAUCCAUUGUUAUCGGUGAAUCACCAAGCCCAGCAGUCAGCGUCAUCAGCAUAAGCAGUGACACAGAUGAAGAGGAGGAGGCAACGCAGAGGUGUUCACUCAACACGUGCAAGGGCAGUACAGAGUGUGAGGCAUGUAAGGGGUCUUUGAAUAUGGAGCGUGUGUGUUCUCUCAGCAGCCCCGAUAGCAGCCUAAGCACCAGCUCCUCAGCCUCGGCCCAGUCCAGUCCUUCACCCUGCAAGAGACCAAACAGCAUGUCUGAGGAUGAUGGUCACGAGAGCGGCUGUGACACCAUUGAUGGUUCUCCAGCGUCAGAUACAUCUCUUGGGCGGCACAAUAGCCCUUUCCCUGAGAGACGGUUCAUGAACAACAACCAGAACCAGGAGGCCCGAGUACGGCGAAGUGAGCCACAAACAGAGCUCAGCAAGCCAGCCGUGAGGACUAUGGUGGUGCCGCCAUUGAGAGUGGUCACCAAUAACAACUAUCAGCAACACCUCCACCAGCAUCUCAGUGGAGAGCAGCACCACACCAGCACAGUCUUAGAGUCAUCGUGCCAGUCUCGCGGGCGUUGCGGCCCCGGACGGCUGAGCCUGCACUCCACGCCUACUCUGCCCCGCCAGCAGAAGAUCACCUCUACAUUCCAGCAGCAGCCACUGGGCUUUGGCCAGGUCCAGCACUACGGCUCCUGUCCCAAGGAGUGGAACGGCAACUACACUCAGCCGCCGCGCCGUCCGCAGGCCUUCAUCCCCCCAACAGUUCACGGCCACCCCUUCCCCCCUCUGCAGCCACACGGCAGCCCCACCCACUCGGCCGGACCGCCGCCCCCCCACCCGCCCGCUCUGCUAUCUUACCCUCCCUCCGGCCCACCCGUGGCCCACCUGCUUCCCUCGCCGUGCCCGGCUCCCCCCCAGCCCCCCCGCCCCGUCCUGCAGCCCGCCUACAGCCUGGUGCCUCAGGGCCUCAGCGUGGGCAUCGAUCCGCGCCUGUUGCCGUCACCCACCCUGCACCCGCCCGCACACUUCAAGGCCCUGUUCCCGCCGCAUUCGUACGUAGCCUCACCCGCUUACGCAGGCUUCCCCCUCAGCCCCACCAAACUGCCCCAGUACCCCUACAUCUGAGCUGCUGGAGCCCGCGGAGCACGCGCAGCCGCCACUGAUGCAUACAAACACACGCACUGCUCCCAUACCUUACCGCUCUGAUGCUUUUUUCCCUAAAGAAUCAUGUAGUAUAAUGUCAAAGGUGGAGAUAAUCGAAGCUGAGCUUUACAAAUAUCAUGGAGGAAAAAAGAACGAAUGAGUGUAUGAGAUGAUAAAAAGAACUCACUUUUCAUGUUUUUUGCACAUUUGAUAUUAAGAGAAAAAAAUGAAUUAACCCCCAAGUCAUUAGAUCCUGUAUAGAGGGUCAUCCCCUCUCUAUAGCUAUUUUUCUAUAUUGCCUUCUAUCGUGUGCUAGACACAUUGACUUUCUGGUGAAGCCAUCCCAGUCUCCAGUGGUAGGGCCCACACUUGUGUGUGCACACGGCUCCCCCUUGUGGUGUACUGGUGUUAUGCGUCUGUAUUUUUGUAGUAGGCUCGUGCCCCCCUCUUCCUUCCACCCCAGUGUUAACUCUGUGGUCCCAUGUUUAAUAAGGUUACUACGCUCUGCAUGUCUCUGCAUGGGGGAAAUGUUCAAUUCAAGGAAGGGAAAGACACUCUUUCUCUGUACGCUAAGAGUGUUGCAUUGUAACCUGAUUCCACACACACACAAAAGAAAGUGCCUUAAAAAGAAAUCCAUGUCUUUGCAGGGUGUGACGCCCUUGCAUACACAUGAAUUGAACUGGACUGCAGCACUUGAAGUUUCAAAUUGUUCUUUGUGAUUUAUACAUUAGGGCUGUCCUUUUGACGGAAUUCAUUUUUUGGUGGUGUUGUGCGUUAGUCGGGUUACGCGAUCUGUGUCGUGCAUUCUUUAUAUCGACCCUUGUUGCGGAGUGGCUUAGAAGUAAGAAGGCAUUGUGUUGUGUUCUUGAAAUAAUAACCACAUCUCAUCUAGAUUGUCCAGAUUAUUGACGACAGAGUCUCUAUUCCUGGUUUCUACUGUCCAAAGGCUGUAACCUGGACGCCCUCAAGCAUCUCUUCGAUGUCCUCCUCCACCACAGCUUUUUCUUCAUCUCUGUUUGGCCUGUGAUGGACAUUGCGACAAAAUCUGACCUCACAGUUUGCCUUAAAGGCAGCCCACGGAUGCUUUCCACUGGCGUUAUACUUCAAACAGCCCUAUGUGUAUGGUAAUCACCGAUUUAUGCGUUAGUUUGAUGGAUUAGAGCGAUGCAUCGUUGACUUCAGUGUCUAUUUUGCGGUAGAGGUAGCAGAAUUUAUUUUCAGAGGAUGGCACGAUUUUGCUGUAGCAGAGGCUCUGUCUCUCUGAAUGAAAUAUGUAUGGAAAGAAAGUUUGAUUAAUGUCAUAUUUGAUAAUCAUUUGAUAUUCUUUUACUUAAUACUAACAGUAUUUACACUGUUUAACACAACUGCAAUACAAUCCAUAGUUUCUGGGUGUAUUCUUUGCUUUUUUUUCACUAUGCUAAUUUCCGUGUUUUGUUUUUUUGUUUGUUUUUUUAAAGAAUUAGAUGUGUUUUUGGUAUUGGCAUUAACCUGCAGAUAGCUCUUUAAAUCCGUUUACGUGGUUUCAUGUUAGCUGGUGCAGAUAUUUUUCAGUAUUCAGUGUCCAACUAUCGAUCUGUCAUUGCUGGAGUAUUUAGUGCUUUCCAAGGUGUGAGUUGGUUGUGUGCAAUUUUAUCCCCUCUCUUCAUCUAAGCAUGUGACAAGAUUCAUUUCCCUCCUUUGUAUUGUUACCGUUUGAUUGAUGAGCUUUUUGAUGCUGGCUGUUUUAAUUUGAUACAUUCCGUCAGGGAGAAAAUGACAUUGUUUUCUGUGUGCUUCUUGUGUUUUUAUUCAGAUAAGUUUUUUUUCCAUUAGGUGCAUUAUUUCUUUGCUAUCAUUAUAACGAUGCUUUUGCUACACCAAAGAUAGUAAUUGAUUUCUUAAGCGAAGUAGCUACUGUUCUAGCAUAGACCUCGAGCAUAUUGUAGUUGGGGGUGUAUUAAACACAAAAAAAUUACUAUAUAUAAAGGUUGAGGUUGAUGUUUAGCUUUUUUUUUUGGCAAGUCUAAUGAUUGGUUUCAUUUAUUCUUGAAUGUACCAUAGAUAAGCUGCUAUUCACUGAUUGCCACUUCAUAAUAGCUGUGAGGUUAAAGUGAUUAACUUGUUCUUAGCCUUCUUAUUUUUUUUUGUAUGUGUGUCUGAUGACCUUAAGAUAGACGUGAGGUUUCUCUUUUGGUUUUACUCUACUGACCGGCAUCGAAAGCAUUUUAAUGCCUAUGUAUAUUUUGCUUUUCUGUUUGAAGUGUCAUUGUAACUACUGUAUUGCAAGUUAUGGAAGUUUGGUUUGUUGUGUUUUGGGGUGCGUUCUCUCUCUCUUUUUCCUAUUUUCUUUUGUUUUUCUUUCGCAUCUGUGAAUUAUACGUAUUGUUAUCGUAAUCUUGGGGCUCAUCAUUGCAUAUUAAAUGCAUAUUGGUGUAUAUCUGAGUACGUUUUAUAUUAGCAUUUCAUUAAGGCAUAGCUUGCAGGAUAGAUUUAACUUUUUUGGAUUUGUGGCAGUUAAAGAUCGGCUCGUGAUCACAUAAGCGUACCAUUAUAUAAAAGCCUACGUUGUUUUUGAUUGUGUUGAUUCGGUGAGUUGAGGACGUGUCGUUUUUGGGCUAGCUCCCUUGCUUUUCAUCUUGUUAUGAUAAAUUGCAGUGCUUUUGGUUGUGAAUUAAUGCAUUUUUUUUUCAUAGAAAUCAAUGUUUAUGGAUUGUUUUACCUAAGAUGAGGAAAGACAUGAGGCAAAAGGAAAGAAGACAACACGUAAAUGUUGAUCUCUCAUUAUGAACGAAUUCCUAAAUGAAAAUGACUGUUGGGUGGUAAGCAAAGCUGAAAAAAAAGGCCACCUUCUCCCUGUUUUUGAUUCACACGUUAUCCUGCUCUGUAGAGAGAGCAGCGCUAAACUAGUGCCUUUCAAACGUGCUUCAAACCUUUAUGUCAUAUACACGUACACAUCUCUCUCUCUUUCAUGCCAAAUUACACCACAGUUGGCCACUUAAGAGAUUUUUGAGUGUAAUUUCGGGAUUCAACACAGCAGUUAGUGUUACCACCUCGUCCCUCGUUGGAAUGGCUUGUGUGUAGGGCUGGAUAUAGAAACCCAAUACUUUUAUAAUACCGACUCAGUUACUUUAAUUGUACUGACUCUUUCAGUACCAAACUGUUAAAAACCUAAGUAGUCAGUCUUAAGGUCUGUUCACACGGACAAAAAAAGCAAAUUCAAACCGACUGUGCAGCUAUGUAAUAUUUUUCAUUGGAGCCACGUCUGUUUUCUUUGUUGUAUUAGUAUGCGAUUAAAAAUGAGGCUGACCAAUCAAAGCUUUGUUGUCAUGGUUAUGCUCCAAACAAACGUGCAUCACUAUGGCAACAAAACAGCUCAUCUUGGUUGUGGUACAAUAUAGUCUCAAGCAAAAGUUUGGGCACCCCUGCUCAAAUGAUGUGUUUUGUUAAUUUUCUAAGUGUGAAUAAGUAAACACGUCCUCUACAGAGAACACACUUCUGCACAUUUUAAUGCACAAUUACUGUUUAUUUAA